AUGGCGAACAUCGUUGGGCUCUCAAGCCUUAAUAACAACCACAACGACGAUCGGGAGGACGGUGACCAACCCAACCAGUACUAUGCAGGUGGUGCCUCGGAUCGUGGCGGCGGUAGUGGGCUAUCGGUCAUUGGGCCUGGAGGCGGUGAUGACCACGUGGCCAACAUCAUCGGCCGGGCUCAGCAGGACGCUCGCGCUGCUGCUGCGGCUGGCGAAUCUACGCAGCCACGUCAUGUGAUCACGUUCUACAGGGAAGGAUUCACGGUCAAUGAUGGCCCGUACCGUGCGCGCUCGGAUCCGUCCAACCGCCCAUUCCUUGAGGCGCUGGAGAGCGGCCAUGUGCCGCAAGAGCUCGAAGGCGAGAACCGCCACGAACCUGUAGAGAUCAGUCUUGUUGAUAAGCGACAGGAAGACUACGUAUCACCUCCCCCACCGGCCUACACGGCGUUCAGCGGGGAAGGCCAGACCAUGGGCUCUACGACGUAUGCGGCUGAGGAAGUGAUCCAAGGGGACACAGUGCCGGCGGAACGCCCCGUGAUUGAUGACAAGAAACCCUCGACAACGCUGCAGAUCCGUCUGCACAAUGGCCAGAGACUCAGAGAGACGCUCAACUUGGACCACACUAUUCGUGAUCUGCAUGCCAUUAUUCAGUUGAACGAUGCAGGCACACAGCCGUACACUCUGCUGGCAGGCUUCCCGCCUCGUCCUGUGUCGACGGAUUUGGCACAGACCAUCGAACAGGCUGGACUCAAGGGUGCUGCAGUAACGCAGAAGCUCAUUUAA